ACACUGAUUGCGUAAUCGCCGGACAAGACGUCACGUAUCCCACAACCCUGUGCGUUUCUCUCAGAGAACAAAAAUGGCGGCGAGGGCACCAGUUGCUGCAUCCGGCAGGUUCGUGGAUGUCUUCAGGAAAUGGUACUACAAUGCGUGCGGGUUCAACAAACUGGGCCUGAUGCGGGACGACACCAUCGAUGAGGGCAGUGAUGUGAAAGAGGCUGUUCGUCGUCUUCCAGAGCCACUUUACAAUGAGAGGGUUUUCCGCCUCAAGAGAGCCAUGGAUCUUUCCAUGAAGCACCAGAUCCUUCCCAAAGACCAGUGGACGAAAUUUGAGCAGGAUGUGAAGUACCUGGAGCCGUACCUGCAGGAGGUGAUCCGUGAAAGGAAAGAGAAAGAGGAGUGGGAUAAGAAAUAGGAAGAGCGUGAUGACGAUGAUCAAGCUCUUCUUUGCUGCGAUGUCUGGAAAGCCAUUGCAGCGGUCUCUAAUCAAGGGAGAAAAGUUAUUGGGAAUAUUUAAUAGGCUCGUUCACUGCAGAAAUACAUUCUGAUGAUUAAAUUAAUAAAAUUAGUCAAUUAUCGUCA